UAUUAUUUGAACCAAAAGAAUUAAAUCGGAUUAAAUAUCACGACACGGCCUCCCCUCUACUCAAGGGGCCAAAAUUAGCACUCGGGUGGAAAGAGUUUCACAGGGCGAUCUUAUAGCACAUCCCGUCUCUUCUUUUCGAUUUUAUCGAGAUCGAAUGGCUUCGAACGUAGCUUCGGUCGCUAUCUCUGCGCCAUCUGCCUCCUUAGCGUCCCUUCGGGGGAACCCCAAGCAGCGGAUUGGAUUCGGAAAGAAACAUGCGGAUCUCCUUUUCAAGGGGAAGGUUUUCACACGAGUCAGUAUGGCUGUCACAGUUAAUUCUUCUCAUUUUGAGGGAGUUACCAUGGCUCCUCCAGAUCCUAUCCUUGGGGUUUCUGAGGCAUUCAAAGCUGACACAAGUGAUCUGAAACUUAACCUUGGUGUUGGAGCUUACAGGACAGAAGAACUUCAACCCUAUGUGCUAAAUGUAGUUAAGAAGGUAGAAAAGCUAAUGCUGGAAGGAGGAGAAAACAAGGAGUAUCUUCCUAUUGAAGGUUUAGCUGCCUUUAAUAAAGCAACUGCUGACUUAUUACUAGGGGCAGAUAAUCCUGUUAUCAAGGAAGGAAGGGUGGCAACUGUUCAAGGGCUUUCAGGGACAGGCUCUCUUCGUGUUGCAGCAGCAUUUAUACAAAGAUAUUUUCCUGAUUCAAAAGUUUUGAUAUCCUCUCCAACUUGGGGUAAUCACAGGAACAUUUUCAAUGAUGCUAGUGUUCCCUGGUCUGAAUAUCGCUAUUAUGAUCCCAGGACAGUUGGAUUAGACUUUGAUGGAAUGGUAACAGACAUUAAGGCAGCACCAGAUGGAUCUUUUGUCCUACUACAUGGAUGUGCCCACAAUCCAACGGGAAUUGACCCAACUCCUGAGCAGUGGGAAAAGAUUGCUGAUGUCAUUCAAGAGAAGAAUCAUAUUCCAUUCUUUGAUGUUGCAUAUCAGGGUUUUGCUAGUGGAAGCCUUGAUGAAGAUGCAUUUUCCGUUAGACUAUUUGUCAAACGUGGCAUGGAGCUUUUCGUUGCUCAGUCUUAUAGUAAAAAUUUAGGUUUGUAUGCAGAAAGGAUUGGAGCUACAAAUGUAGUUUGUUCAUCUUCAGAAGCUGCAGUAAGGGUGAAAAGCCAGCUCAAAAGACUAGCCCGGCCAAUGUAUUCCAAUCCUCCCGUUCACGGUGCUAGGAUAGUUGCCAAUGUUGUUGGAGACCCAAACCUUUUCAGUGAAUGGAAAGAGGAGAUGGAAAUAAUGGCUGGACGAAUAAAGAACGUACGGCAAAGACUCUAUGAGAAUCUCAUUCAGAAAGAUAAAACCGGCAAGGACUGGUCUUUUAUCCUUAAGCAAAUUGGCAUGUUCUCCUACACUGGGUUAAACAAAGCACAGAGUGAUAAUAUGACCAACAAGUGGCAUGUUUACAUGACCAAGGAUGGAAGAAUAUCUUUGGCUGGACUCUCUCUGGCCAAAUGCGAAUACCUCGCUGAUGCCAUUAUUGAUUCAUUCCAUAACGUCAGCUAGGAAAAUUGACACUGGCUUAGAGCAAUGCCCAAAUUUACAUCUGGAAAGUUUUGCAAUUGAUCCAGUUAUUACUUUCAGUGCACUUUGUUUUGGUGUCAAGGAUAGUUCAUCCAUUUACUGACACCAAAUGAUGCAAAUAAAACAUGACAUUGAGAACAACAAUUUUGUUCAUAUGACAGUUUGAUAUUGUGCUAAAAAUUAUAAUUUCAAUGCUUGUUAUUUUUUUGAAGGAAGAAAGUU